GAUAUCAUCACUUCCAUUACGCUUAUUUGAUGCCUCACCUGAUGGUCUUGGUUCUCGACUUUUUCUUCUAAGAAAAAAAAAAAAAGGAAAAAGAAAAAAAAAGAAAAAAAAAAACAUAUGUUACCACAUAUUUACUUUGACCUUAAUCUUACCAUACCUUCAUAUUAUCUACGAUGUCGCAGCAUCCUCCUUUGACUGGUAUUAAGGUGCUAGAAUUCGCUGGUCUUGCUCCUGGACCUUAUGCUGGUAUGUUGCUCGCCGACGCCGGUGCCUUGGUCGUCCGCAUAGACCGCGCUCGACCCGACACAUCUGCGCCUACAGAAGACAUGCUAGCCCGGCACAAAUCUUCCAUAUCCGUGGAUCUCAAAUCGGAGCGUGGUGUUGCGCUUAUCAGACGCCUCGUUGCUGAGGCCGAUGUCCUCAUUGACCCUUUUCGUCCAGGCGUGCUCGAGAAACUGUCUCUGGGUCCGGAUGAGCUGUGUCGUCUUAACCCAAGGCUGAUAUAUGGCCGCAUGACUGGGUUCCGUCGUGAUGGAAAGUACGCACUCAUGGCAGGUCACGACAUUAACUAUCUCGCUGUUUCAGGUACACUUGGAAUGCUGGGCAGAGAUGAUGAGAAGCCACACCCGCCGUGGAACAUCUUGGCUGACUUUGCGGGUGGAGGAGCAAUGCUAUUUGAAGGAAUCUUAAUGGCCAUCAUCUCAAGACAAUCUUCUGGCCGCGGACAAGUUGUCGAGGCAAAUAUGGUAGAUGGAAGCUCAUAUCUGACCACUUUCCCUCGAAUGGCGCUCAAGACGAUAAUGGGGAACAGUGGCCGAGGAAACAAUUUGCUCGAUGGAGGUGCUCCUUUUUACGACACUUACAAGACAUUGGAUGGGAAAUAUGUUGCCGUUGGAGCUCUCGAACCGAAAUUCUUUGCCGCACUACUUAGUGGGCUCGAGCUUGCUGGUCAAGGAUGGGAGGAUGAUCAGCUCAACAGAGUUCGCUGGCCUGAGCUUCGGAAGUUAAUGACAGACAGGUUUCGAAGCAAGACUCGUGCUCAGUGGGAACUAGUAUUUGAUGGUACAGAUGCGUGUUGCACCCCAGUGCUGGAGUAUAGCGAACUAGAGCAUGACCCCAACCGGGAAGGUGAUCAGAGACCAGCGGUGACGUUGCGGGAGACGCCAUGUCUUGCGGUGAAAGAGGGCGUAGGGCAUGUUGACCCAGCUCUGUUUGGACAAGGCCCAGGCGUACCCGGAGAUGGCUAUAGAGCGAGUUUGCUGAAGCCUGGAGCAGGGGGGGAAGAAGUCUUGAGGGAAUGGUUGGGAUGGAAGAACGGAACCGAGUAUGUACUGGAGCGGGGAGGGUUUGUGCUCAAAGAGCUUUCCAAGCUGUGAUAUUUACCAAUUAUGGGCGUCGUGUUUUAUAUAAACCACUAUUGGUGCAAGCCAAUGGUAGAACGACUAGAUAAUUUGUGUUAGGACACAGGCACCGGAACGAUAGAGUUGUGUUGGAUGCACACUCAAAAGGGCAAUGAUUAUAUAUUCUACCUACAACAGGA